AUUAUUACAACGCUAGGAUUUGAGAACUGUGCCCUUCCGUGCCGAUCUGUAUACUUCCAAACAGAGGGUGACCGGAGAUUCGUCGAGUUCUGGCUCGGUCUCUGGUCAGUACUUUGUGCAGUAUCGACUCUGAUCACUGUGCUAACAUUUGCUACGACGCCGAACCGGUUUCAGUACCCCGGACAACCCAUUAUCUACUUGUCUAUCUGCUACUUCUUCGUCUCUGUUGGCUAUAUAAUCCGCGUUGCGCUGGGACACGAGGCUGUAGCCUGCACUUCCGUGCCAGUCGCCGAUGCUUCGGCUCAUCUAGAUGCUGCCUGCACGGCUGUCUUCCUUCUGACCUACUUUUUCGGGAUGGCCGCAUCGGUCUGGUGGGUUGUUUUGACAAUCACCUGGUUCUUGGCUGCCGGCAUGAAGUGGGGAAACGAGGCCAUCUCUAAGUACACGCAGAUAUUUCAUUUCAUCUCCUGGGUCCUGCCGGCUAUCCAGACAGGGACUGUGCUAAUGUUUCGAGCCGUGGACGGCGAUCCUGUUGCGGGCCUUUGCUCCGUGGGCGCCACUAACGACGCAAACCUCGCCUUCCACGUCCUCCUUCCUCUAGUUGUCUACACCAUCAUUGGGACCUUCUUCCUCUUCGCCGGCUUCGUCGCACUUUGCCGGAUCCGAAGAGUAAUCAAAUUCCAGGUGCCCAUCGGUGUGCGCACUGACAGGCUGGAAAAGCUGAUGAUUAAACUUGGCAUUUUUGGCUUACUCUACACGGUACCAGCGGUCGUUGUGAUUGCAUGUCUGUCCUACGAGCUGCAGCAACGGUCGCUGUGGCAACUCGGUGUUGCCUGCAGUUGUCAAUUUAAGCAAUCGGCAGACCUUCCAAGUGAACAGGUG